AUGGCAGCCAAGAAAACUAAAGGAAGGCAAAAGGUGGAAAUGAAGAGAAUUGAGAAUAAAGAUGAUAGAUUAAUCACCUUCUUAAAGCGUAGAUCUGGGAUCUUCAAAAAGGCUAGCGAACUGGUAACUUUAACUGGGGCAGAAAUUGCAGUUGUAGCAUUUUCACCGACAGGUAAGCCCUUCUCUUCUGGUCAUCCUUCAGUUGAAUCGAUUAUCAAUCGUUUUCUUGAAGAACAUUCGAACAUAGACAACUCCACCUAUAAUCUCAUGGAGGCUAACAGGAGGAAGCGAAUUGGAGAACUGAUCCAAAAAUAUAAUGAAAUGCAACAUGAAGUGGAGGAGAAGAAGGAAAAAAGCCACAAAUUAAAGGGCAAAAUAAAAGAAAUUGACUGCAAGAGUUGGUGGGAUACUUCUAUUGAAGACCUUAACCUCGACGAUCUUAUUAAGUUAGGAAAAAAGUUUGAAAAGUUACAAAUGACCUUGCAAAGUAAAAUCGUAAAGAAAAAUAAUGGUGCUUCUUCUUCACAGGCUCCAAAAAUCUACAAUACAUCUGGAUCUGAUGCAAAUGACCCAAAUGCUUCUGUUUUUCUUGAUACCAAUCAUUAG